AGAUUUGAGUGCAGGACGCUUGCCCUCGCGAGUGCACACGAACUGCGGCACCACAUACGGCAAGCGUGCUGCUUCGUUACGUAAUACGCAGUUUAAUGCACGCGAAUUUUACCCGAUAACGACAGAUUGCCAGAGCGAUGCAACGUUUAGCGAGCCGCGCGUCUGGUACAUCUCGGCAGAGCCGUGGCGUCAAUGCUAAAGCUCGCAACGGCGACGAAGCUUACCGACGGAUCCCGCCCGGUUACUUGCGAAACGGGGCCGCGGUUUUGGGAGUGGUAGGGGCCGCCGGAUUGUUCCUCGCCGAACAUUACAGACAGGAAAAAGUGCGCCACGCCAUGGCCAGGGACCUGGCGCGGAUGGACAGGGAGCUGCGCUCUCUCCGCACCGAAUUGCACCAGCUUCAAAACCAAAAAUCUCUUAGGGUAAAAAAAAGUAAUAAAUCCACCGUCACACGCAAAGUGAACUCGACUCUUUCGACGGCCAGCGAAGACUACUCUAGUGCCGCUUCCACCAUCGACGACAGUUCCGACCUCGAAUUUUACGAUUUAAGCGAAGACGACGCGGACGUCGGCCCGAAUUUGGAACGGACGCUGCACGAGUUGGAUGACAAAUUAGACGGGGGCACGUCCGACGAAGUGAGGGCGACGUUGCAAAAGUUGCAACAAUUGCAGUCCGAGUAUCCAAACCAUCCCGAACUGUUGUACAGAAUAGGCAAGGCCCAUUAUAGACUGGCCGAAAAAACGGACGAUAAGGAUCUCAUGCGAGUCCACAUCGACCGUGGCGUCGACGCGUGCGCUUCGGCUGUGCCCUUCGCGCCGAACCAUCCGGAGGUACACAAAUGGUACGCCGUGUUGAUCGGUAGCCGAGCCGAUUACCAAUCGAUACACAACAAGGUAGGCGACGCGCAUUUGUUUAAAAAACACGUCGAUACGGCGUUGUCUCUGAACCCUCACGAUCCGUCCCUGCACCACAUGCUUGGACGGUUCGAUUACGAGAUCGCGGGGCUGAAAUGGUACGAGCGCAAAAUCGCGGCCGCGUUGUUCGGCGAACCGCCCCGCGCUUCCUACUCGGAAGCUUUCGACAAGUUUAUGGAGGCCGAACGACUGGCGAAUACAGAAUGGAAGGAGAACCGACUCAUGCUCGCCAAGUGCAAGAUAAGCAUGGCCGAAUACAAGGAGGCGGUCGAAUGGCUGGAGAAGGCGGACUUGUGCAGGCGGGACGCGGAGGACAAACUAGAUAGCGAAAUAAAGGUGCUUUUGGAGAAAUACAAUGGUUACAGAUAAUUUCCGUAGGUGGCGUUUUAUUAAUACUUAGAGGUUAAGUUAAAACUUGUUUUGUCCUAUGUAAUUGUCAUUAUUUUAUACACCAAAUAAAGUGGCGGUUUUUUUAUU